UCCUCCUCCUCCCCCUCCUCUCUCCAAUCUCAUGUGCGCCAACCAGGGUCAGCAUCCAGCUCACUCCCAGCCUCCAGCUCGGCUCACGGCCUAUAUAUUCACUCACCCGCACCUACUCCUCCACUAACCCUCUUCUGCUCUGCUCUGCUCCUCACAUCUCCAGCUCACACAACUCCGGAGAGCCCACACAGCACAGAGUCAGUGAGAGUUGCUAGUCGCUGCAAUGGCGAGGUGCGCCUUCUUGUCCCGGCCGAGGCUGGUGCUGCUUCUGGUGCUUCUCGGUGAUGUGGUUGCGACGUCGAUGGCCAGGCCGCUGCUGGGCGCUACCGCGGACGCGCCGACGCCCUUGCCGGCGGAGGGGCCGGACGGCGUGGCGCGGCCUGCCGGCGGGAGGCACGACCGGUCCAUCGCCGGCGCCGAGGUGAUCCUCGCCGGGUUCGCCGCGGCCGUCAUGGCCGUCAUCUUCCUAUACAUCCGGGUCACCAGGAAGAGCAACGACAGGGCAGCAGCCGGAAUGGCGGGCAAGGCUUAGUAGAAGAGCUCAGACGGUACUGUCUCUUUCUGUUUUGGGUUCUUGGGGUUCAGAGAGACUUGUAAAGAAGAUGAGAUGAGAUGAUCGGUAGAGUUUAGUUUACUGGUUUAGAGUGAACGCUCCAUGCGUGUGUGUGCGUGUCACCGUGGUAACUAAACUGGAAAUCUGUAGUUUGUCAUGUACAUGUAUGCGUGGAGAGCUUGGGAUUUGAGAAUGAGAUUUAGGAAAAACAGCGAAACAUCGGCUGAGCUAGCACGGUUCUUGAAAUCUUUAAUCGUGUAUCCGUGCUCUGUUUUGAUCUUGUGUCAGAAUCUUAAGCCUGCAAGAAGAACAGCCAAUGCUUGUCCUUACAGUAAUUCUUCCAAUGUUUGUCUGACAGUUGAGCAAAAGUGAAACAUCGUCUGCUACACACACGACAGAUUCUGGACGAGACGAUGCAGCACAUCAAACCGUCCAUGCGUUGAGCAAAAUACUCCAUCGUGCGGAGUUCGGCCGGCUACUGUCGUCCACAGAGCAGUUUCGGUUAAUCUUUGAAUCUAACAGCUCCUCGCCAUUACUUUAUGUUUGUUUAGAGCAACUAUAUACAUCAGCUCGAUCACCGUAAUAACCUCGUCAGGUUUUAGUCCAAAAUGACACCCUAGCAGAGUGGUCAUUCCAACCUCGAUCCCGUAAUUUUGGGAGCGCCUUCAAAUCGAGCACGCGGGCCUCCAUAUUUGGAGGUUGGGUGAGGCAUGUGGUGUACUUUCCCGUCGAGCGUGUUCUAGUGAAGUUUUUGCAUGACCGAACAGCCGUUCCGUCGAAUUGCUGACGACAUGCACGCCAGUGAACCUUUCUUCAACAACAAAGAAAUGCCGCGCCUUUGGGGUUUUCCUCUUUUCAAAAGGAGACCGCUUCAUUUCAGACGCUUGCAUAGGGCGCUCUUGUAGAUUCAUGGGAUGACACCCUCUGAAUGGCCGAGACACAAUCAUCAGGUGCAUCAAAGUGUUCAUUGAAACUGUUGUGCGUGUUUAUGGACCGUAGGAUCUGUGAGCACCCAAUGCUGAGGACAUGGCCAUGCUUCUAGCGAUGCAUGAAGCAGAAAGUUGUCCCAAGAUGUUAGGAAUUGUUGAUUGUAUGCACUUGAAGUGAAAGAAUUGCCUUGCAUCUUGAACCAUCAA